CCCACUCGGUUUGAUAACGCUUAUCUCUUCCUCGAAAGAUACUAAUUCGCGAAUGAUCAGCAUUGGAACAGCACGUGCGAGUGGUUUCGAUAGUAUUAAUUUCGAUAACAAAUUUCGAUUGAAACUCAGUCAAACAGAAAUGUCCCUAUGAUUUUUUUUUGCGCUGGCAUUGGAGGAGACGUAUAUUGCGCAGAUCUACCUGUGACGGCACAAAGCAUUCAGGUACCAACAGCUGAUUGCUGGGAAUGCCACCUCGGGGAGAAGAGAGAGAGGGGGCUGGUUAGUUGGAAAUAGUAGAGGGCAAGAUGUUUCUCAACGUCUGGCGUCAGUGAACAUCUGCGUGGGCACAGCUGCUGUUCGUCAAUAAGUCAUUUAAAUGUUCAUUUAAUAUUUUGUUUGUUUAAAAAUUAAUGUGGCAUUGUGAAAUGGGAGUUAAGGAAAAAUUUCUGAUUGUGACACUCCUGGUGAUGGUGAUGGUCUGCGAUCAAACUAACGCAAGAAAGAGAAAAAUCCCGAGGAAUCGUAACGUAAAACCCAUCAGCAACUCCACCGAUUUCGACAUCAUGAUAUUUACCCAACACUGGCCCCAGACAGUCUGCUACACCUGGAAGGAGCAAUCCCCCUCUCACACAUGCGAUUUACCCGAGAACAACGAGUGGACAAUCCACGGAUUGUGGCCGACGCAGUACCACAAACUUGGGCCUCAGUUUUGCAAUCCUAGUUUAAAAUUCAAUAUACAAGCCCUUGCACCCAUUAAACAGGAGAUGGAGGUAAAGUGGAUUGAUGUUGAGAAUGGUACGGCACCAUAUUCUUUCUGGAAACACGAGUGGCAGAAACAUGGCACGUGCUCAGCUGUCCUUGAGCCUCUGAAUUCGGAAGUGAAGUAUUUUCAAGAGGGUCUGAGGCUCCUGGACAUUUACGACAUGAAGAUUGUCCUCCAGAAGGCACAAAUUGUUCCUGGAGAGGCGUAUUCUGUUCAGACUAUCUUGGAUGGGAUCAAGAACGUCCUGGGAAAGACUUGUCAAGUGGAAUGUGUGUCUAAUAAGGAAGAGAAGAGGUCAUACCUCUUCGAAAUUCGUAUAUGCUUCGAUAAAUCGUUCAAUUUAAUCGACUGCGAGGGAAUCGCUGGUUUUCCAACGAAUUGCUCUCCGAAGAGACAAAUUAUGUACCCGGGAACUGUUCCCACUUACUACCACGUAGUUCAAAUUUAAUUUAACGAUAAUUUAGCAUCAAAAUUUUGCAAAAUCAUCGCCGAGCAACAAAAAUUCUCUCGACGUUCUCUCACGAAUAGGCAUAAUAAUAAAAAGAAUUUUUUUUUUAUUUCGAAUCUUUUACGUGUCUACUUUAUUAUUUAAUAUUUAGAAAGUUUGAAUAAAAUGGAAUGUUUUUUCUUCGUUAUACGAAAGACAAAUUUGUACUGAAUCUCAAAUAAAUAUUUUUCUAAAGAUAUCAUAA